AACAAUCACAACCUCAAAAAAAAAAAAAAAACCAUGCCAUCAACCUCUCCCACCUAAAAGCCUCUUCCUUCCAACCCCAUCCCAGCUCCCUCUAUUUUUACUCUAAACACCCAUCUUUUCCCAAGAACCGGGAGCCAUGACCAGCCCCCAAUCCCAAAUCGCAGCCCAACUGCACUCCACCAAAGCCCUCCCCGUCUCCCCAACCUGGCUCAACAGCUUCGUCUCCUCCACAACCGCCCUGCAACGCAACGUGCCCAUCUCGGCCCUAACCCAAACCGCGCUCUUCCGCAUCCUGGCCUCGGACUUCCGCGACUCCCUCCACACCAACAACCCCUCCGCCCUCCUCCCCGCCGACAUCUCCGCCCCCACCGUGCAGGAGCGCCGGCUCCCGGGCCCCGUCCCCGUCCAGGUCCUGGACAUCGAGGACAUCGGCACGAGUCUGUGGAGCCAGGUGGAGGCGAUCGAGCGCGUCGAGCGCGGGGAAGCGAUCCGCGGGCGGGAGAUUGUACGGGCUGUUAAUGUUGGUGGCGGGGAAGAGGAUGAGGAAGGAGGCGGAAAUGCUGGCCCUGCGGCGUCUGAGAACGAAAGUCAUGGACCGCAUCGGUUGAUCGUACAGGACGCGGUGGGGACGAGAGCUGUGGCGGUUGAAUUGAAGCGCGUGCAGGGGAUAUCCGUGGCGAAGCUGGCGAUCGGAGCGAAGUUGGUCAUCCGGAAUGCGACGGUGGCGCGCGGGAUGAUCUUGCUUGCGCCGGACUGCAUGUCGCUAUUGGGAGGGAAGAUUGAGAGUAUGGAUCAAGCGUGGAAAGAGGGGAGGAAGGCUAGGUUGUUGGCUAGGAUUACGGAGAUGCAAGGUGGGGAUCAGUCAGGUUAAUGCCGCUGGCGGAGAGGAAUAUUUGCAUUUGUGGUAUGUCCUUUUUCUCCCCCUCUUCUCCUUUCGUG